CUUCUUAAGCCAGCAUUAUAUGAACCUGUGUGCAGGUUUUUUUUUAAAAUAAAAUCUAAAUUUCUCUUGGUAGAUUUUUGAGGCCAAACUCCCGCUCAGCAUUCUAAACCAGAAGUCGGUCAAAGUGGUAUGCCCUGGCCCAGACCGCAGCUGGACCUUCAUACAGGUGGAGCAAUGGCCAUGGACCCAUACAACAUAGAUGAAUACCACCACUACGAGGGGUCCCUCUUCCCGGCUUCCACCCUCAUCCCCGUCACCGCCAUCUGCAUCCUUAUCUUCAUCAUUGGGGUGACGGGCAACACCCUGACCAUCCUCAUCAUUCAGCACUUCAAAGACAUGAAGACCACAACCAACCUGUACCUGUCCAGCAUGGCAGUGUCCGACCUCAUUAUCUUCCUGUGCCUGCCCUUUGACCUGUACCGCCUGUGGAAGUACGUGCCCUGGCUGUUCGGGGAGGCCGUGUGCCGCUUCUACCACUACGUCUUCGAAGGCUGCACCUCGGCCACCAUCCUCCACAUCACAGCUCUGAGCAUCGAGCGCUACCUGGCCAUCAGCUUCCCCCUGCGGAGCAAAGUAGUGGUGACCAGACGGAGGGUUCAGUACAUCAUCUUUGCGCUGUGGGGCUUCGCUCUGCUCUCUGCAGCACCCACUCUCUUCCUGGUCGGCGUGGAGUAUGACAACGAAACGAACCCUGACUUCAACACGGGUCAGUGCAAGCACACCAGCAACGCCAUCAGCUCUGGACAGCUCCACAUCAUGCUCUGGGUGUCCACCACCUACUUUUUCUUCCCCAUGUUUUGCCUCGUCUUCCUCUACGGCUCAAUUGGGUGCAAGUUGUGGAAAAGCAAAGGCGACCUGUACGGCCCAUGCAUGUUGGCCCGGGAGAGGUCCCACAGGCAAACGGUCAAGAUACUGGUGGUGGUGGUGUUGGCCUUCAUCAUUUGCUGGCUGCCCUACCACAUCGGCAGAAACCUUUUCGCCCAGGUGGAUGACUACGAGACUGCCAUGCUCAGCCAGAACUUCAACAUGGCCUCCAUGGUUCUCUGCUACCUCAGCGCCUCCAUCAACCCUGUUGUCUACAACCUGAUGUCUCGGAAGUACCGGGCAGCAGCCAGACGCCUCUUCCUGCUGCACAAGAGGCCAAGACAACCCUGCCGCAGCCAGAGACAGCUCUGUGUGAUCGAUCAGAUCUCCUCCCUGAAUGAAAGCUUGACGGGGGUGUGAGCAUGAGAUCAGGGGCAGAAAGGGAGAUGUUCAGACCUUUUUAAGUUCUGGGGGGAAUUGGUAAUAAAGGCAAGACAAACACCAAGCGACUCUGCAGUAGUGUUUAAAUUAGGAAAUAAAGGGCCCAUAUCAUGCUAUUCUUAAGCCUUUCAGAGUAAAAUUAUAUCUACAUAGAUAUAUAUGAUGAUAGAUUACCUUUGGCACAAUAAAGAAUUUAAAAAAAAAAAUAUUUUCGCUGCUAAUUUUUACUAUCAGGAAGUAAAAUGGCUCAAUCUCUGAAGCACUGCCUUUCGCUCCUUGUGGGUGCCGCCUAUUUCAUGACGUCAACCUAGAGCCAGCAUCAGCAGUGUGUCUGGGUUUCGCCCACGAAAACAAACAACAUUUGGACUUUUGCAAAGAUGGAUGUGCAUGUUGUGCUUUAUUGAUAUUUCAAGAUUCUUAAUUUUGUCUGAUUAAAGAUAGGAACCGGAUAAUGAUAAAUCAUGUAAUAAAAUGGUUACGGUA